AUGAAUGCCGCCACACUCACCUUCUUUUUGCUGAGCCUCUUCGUCACGUUGGGCUCCGGCAAGUUCAAGAUCAGCGUCGAACAGAGUCAGCCCCGCCUGGAGCCCGUCGACUUUGUGCUCUACUUCAACGAGACCAUCCUUGGAGCACCUAGCCACGAGCCCCUCAUCUGGGCCGCUGGUUCCCUGUCCCAAGCCCCGUCGUCCUUCAGCACAGUACUGCACCAGAGCCACGCUGGACUGUCCGCCGCCUUCCACGUAUACAGCGAGGGUCCCGUCCUGGCCUUUCAACCCAACAACACCCACUGGCUCCUCUGCGUUCAAGGCGACAACGUCCUCCAGUUCAGCGUGGACCACAACCCACACAAGCCAGUCAACGGCUUGAGGAACGUGGAUGAGCUGAGCAAGGGCCGCCUGUCGAUCCGGCGUCACGAAGGCUGGACUGACUAUCGCGGCGUGCCCUACUUCGGUCCCGCCCUUGGCUACGCGGCUGAUUUCGCCCAGCCCUGGAUCAACUUCCCGCCUGUGCUGUCCCUCACCCUGACCGAGACCUUCUUCAAGGGCGACGCGUCGACCUACGUCGGUCAGCCAGUAUCCUCCCUGCAGGCGCGCGGGUUCUCUACCACGUUCAAGGUCAUCCCUGCUACAUCCGAAGUGAUCUGGCAGGUCAACCUGGAGCGCCGCAGCGACUCUGCUACCAGCACCACUUACUAUCUCCCAACCUACACCUACACCUUCCAAUGA